CCAGAAAGGAAAGAUAGAGGCGCACGUUACUUGAAGCCCAAGAGGUUAAUGGCGGAGGCCCAUGUUCGGAUGCUUUUGCACUCAAGAAGGAAGGAAGCUUCUUCUCGAUCCCAGACCAGUCAAAACUCGAAACAAACACAAACACAACACACAGGUUUCAGAAGAAAUGGAGACGAUGAAAGGGAAGAGUGAAAGCGAAUUGGUGAGGCUGUGCAUAGAAGCUGCGUGCGAGAGCAGAGAGAGCAUCCAGAAAUGGCGGAUGCAGAGGCGGACCCUCGACCAUCUCCCUUCUCAUCUCGCCGACGGCCUCAUCCGGCGCCUGGUGUCCCGGCGGCUCCUGUACCCGUCGCUUCUAGAAGUUUUCAAACAGAGCGCCGAAGAAGUUGAUUUGAGAGGCGUUAACAACGUGGAUGCAGAAUGGCUUGCGUACUUGGGAGCGUUUCGGCAGUUGAGGUAUUUGAACCUUUCCGAUUGCCACAGAAUCACUUCUUCUGCUCUUUGGCCUAUUUCUGGAAUGGUUUCUGUUAAUCACUUGCACCUCUCUAACUGCUCCAAGCUCAACGACGCUGCUAUUCAUCACAUUCUCUCUCUCUCUAACCUCCAGAAAUUACAAAUCUCGCAAACAAGUGUCACCGCCAAAGGCAUCAAACUUCUCGCCUCCCUUAAAAACCUCUCUCUUCUCGACUUAGGCGGCUUACCUGUUGAUGACGUCUCCUUAACAUCUUUACAGGUACUGAAAAAGUUAGAAUAUCUUGAUCUAUGGGGUAGUAAGGUAUCAAAUGAAGGGGCUAACAUCCUCAAUAAGUUCCCCAAGUUAACCUAUCUAAAUCUUGCUUGGACUAGUGUCACAAAAUUGCCUAAUUUAUCAUCUAUUGAAUGCCUCAACAUGAGUAAUUGUACUAUUGAUUCAAUACUUGAAGAUGAUGAAGCUCCUUUGGCAAAACUUAUUCUCUCCGGCGCUACAUUCCGGAGCGAAUCGGAGUUUCUCUUACACGCCAAUACAAACUUUUUGUCCUCUCUCGAUGUAGCCCAUUCUGGCCUUAGUAAAUUCUUCUUCUUGAGUAAAUUGAAAGUGAUAGAACAGCUCAAUCUCAGCUCUUGCAUGGUCACUGAUGAUUCGAUUGAAAUGAUCGCGGGUGUUGGUGCAAGCUUGAAGAGUUUGAAUCUGACUGGUACUAAGGUCAGCUCCGCAGGCAUAGGGAUUUUAGCUGGACAUGUGUCCAAUCUUGAGAUGCUUUCAUUAUCUCAGACACUGGUGGAUGAUACUGCCAUCUUGUAUAUCAGCAUGAUGCCUUCUUUAAAGGUUCUUGACCUUAGCAAUACAAUGGUGAAAGGAUGCUUACCACAGGAAAAUACCGACCACGGCUCACUGCACUCUCUAACAGCUCUACAAAGUCUUAAACAAUUAGAAAGCUUGAAUUUGGAACACACACGAGUUAGGGAUGAAGCUUUAAACCCUUUGUCAAGCUUCAAAGAGCUGAGAUAUUUAUUUCUUAAAAGUGCGUCACUUGCAGACAUCUCACUUUACUAUUUAUCAUCAAUUCCUAAAUUGACUAGUCUUAGUAUUUGUGAUGCGGUAUUGACAAAUUAUGGGCUUCAUAUGUUUAAACCUCCUCAAACACUGAAACUAAUGGACCUCCGAGGUUGUUGGCUCUUAAAUGAGGACACUAUCAUGUCGUUCUGUAGAAUUCAUCCACAAAUUGAAGUACAGCAUGAACUUGUUACCAUUGUUCCUCUUCACCAAGGUGGACCAAAUCAUCCUUCUCCAUCUCAGUUAACUUCAAAGGCUACGCAAGCAGAUAAAAAGAAAGAAAACUUGUCUAUAUCUCCAGAUUUUAUAGAUCAAAGGUUGAAGUAUAGCAGAGACGAGUUGCUUGCGUUGCAGUUCAUGUCUUUGCCUGUUGUAUCCUCUAGUGAGAGUGGCGAUUCAAUAUUCAAGCAACAGUUAAAUUGAAUAAAGGUCUGCGUUGAUGUAAUUAUCUAAACCGACGGUGUUGGUAAUUUGUAAGGGUGCACUCUGCUUGUUCAGCUGUGUUUUGGGAAAGGAAGAAAGUGGCCAUGAGAUAAGGGGCACAUACCGUAAUGUUGUAACUUGUAACCUAUUUCUUUUGUUUUAGAGUAAGGUGACAAUGAGGUCUCUUACAAUUUUGAUUGAUGGACACGUGAUGACUUUCUAUCAAUUUAUUAAGGGUUAAGUAUAAUUUUGGAAAAAAAUUUUCGUCUCCAACCUUUUUUUGUUUACAAAUUUAUCUCUAAGGUUUAACUUGAUUUUAAAAUUAUUCUUCGGACUAAAAUACUCUUCUCCUUUUUCUCCAAAAUCCUCAUGUUCUAUUCUUUUUCUUUUUCUCCAUUACAGAAACAACCAGAUAAACAAAACAAGAAGCAAAAGCUAUACACAGAAGAUGAACAAGGCAAUACACAUUGAGGACCAUAAGAAAUAGAAGUCAACAAAGUAGAGUCUUGCAUUCUUCUCCAACAAAAGAAACAGAAGCAGGAGAAACAAAACUAGAAUCAUGAAAGCAGAAUGGAAUUAAAAUCAAUAAUAAUAAUAGAAUCAUAAUCAGAAAUAAUGUAAUUAACAAAAUCAACAAAUUCACAAAUAAAAAAAUUCAACAAUAUAAUUUUUUUGAAGCAUAGCGGCGAGGACGCGAAGCCCAACGGCGAGUGACGAGGAGCAGCUGCGACCGACGAGGAGUAGUGACGACUGGCAACCAAACGAGGAGGAGGAGCAAAAACGGCAAGCGGCGUGCGAUGUCCACCCUUGCAGAUCUACUGGCGUCGACGUAGAGCGAGGAAGAGGAGCAGCAGCGAGAUUUGGUGGUGAGGACGCAAACGACGAGGAGUGACUGCGAGCAUCGGCGGCGGAUUCCCUUCCCCACCUUCCCUUCCCCCUCUUCUUUCCUGAAUACCCUCCAAGCGUGAUUCACUUCCUCUUUUUCCUUUAACCCGUUUUCUUUUUUUUUUUAUUUUAUAUUAUUUUAGUUAAGAAUAAUUUGGUAAUAAAAAUUAAAAUUUUGGUAAAAAGAACAAUUUUAAAACUAAGUUAAACCUUAGGGAUGAUUUUGUAAGCAAAAAAAGAUUGGAGACGAAAAAAAUUUU